GCACCGCAUGCUCCCCUCUCCUUCCUAUUUCCGCGUUGUGGGCAAACCUCGUAACGUUCUCAAUCGUCUCCUCCGUCCCAUCUAGGGCUUGGCAGAAUUGCCCCCGAACGUCAGAAUCGUGGGAUUGGGACUCGGAGCUCAUGGAGUGGUAGUGUGGGUGCACGUGAGCAAGGAGCUGAAGCGCGUCAGGAUUAGCGCUCCCGUGUGCAGGUGAAAUUUGGCCGGGGUGAAAUUUUUAAUAUAGUAUCGGUAAAUCGUGCCUGUGAAUUGUGGACCUCAUUGUGUCAUUGAAUCUUCGUAGGAGAAGCUGGCACUGCAUAUGUUUAUUGAGAUUUUUUGAAAUUUCAUAUGUGCUGCAGCCAACUUCAGGCAUCAUGUCCACCGCAGUGGAGUUGAUUACAUCUUCGUUAGCAUUACGACAACCUCCAAUGAAUUUGCGAAGCACAGAGUCAUUUAAGGGGUUAGGAAAAGUCCGAUUACAGAAGUAUUGGAUGAGAGUAAAGCGGCAGCCGUUAGAUAAAUUGAAUAGAAUGUUGGUUAUAUCAGGAACGUCUGAGGAUAAGGAAUCAGACGGUCCUAUCCCUUAUCUUGCAAGGAAAGGAGCUAAGUUGUUUGCUAAAGAAUCCAUAGGUGCGGAACAUGGUGAGGGAUUUGCAACCUUUAGAGCAACUGGGCCUCUUCAUGUGGAUGUAGACUUUCUGAAUGAUCGAAUGCGAGAGCGAGGUUUGCAGCGGAUUAGGUAUGCCAUGAAACCAGACGAAGCAUUCGGAUUGAUUUUCUCAUGGGACAACGUGCUAUUGAACACACAUGUACUGCGGCUGGGGGCUUGGAGUCGUCUCGCAGCUGAAGAAAACAUGCCUUUGCCCUCAUGCCCGGAGAAGCAAAGAAAAUUGCUUUACAUGGAUAUUAACCAGGCUUUGCGUACAAUUUUAGGCUGGGGAGAAGAAAUUAAUGAUGAUAAAGUUGUUCGGCUGACAAAACGAUUAGCAACUUUGUAUUCUGAGGAAUUAGGAUUAGUGGAAGCCCCAAUGGAGGGUCUCAGGACAUGGUUAGGCGCAUUGUCCAAUGCUGGGGUACCCUGUGCUAUUACCUCUUCCAUGGAUAGAAUAAGUCUUCUUGCAGUUCUGCAAAGGCUGAAGCUACUGAAGUACUUUAAAGCUUUUGUGACAGAGGAGGAUGGGAUGGAGUCUAUUGCACAUAUGUUUCUCUCUGCAGCCGUAAAGCUUGAUCGUCCCCCUUCUAAAUGCGUUGUCUUUGAAGAUGACCCUCGUGGCGUGGCUGCAGCUCACAACUGUACCAUGAAAGCGGUCGCCCUUAUUGGUUCACAUCCUGCGUAUGAAUUGACUCAAGCAGAUUUGGCUGUCAGCAGAUUUGCUGACCUGUCAGUGAUGAACUUGCGGCGGUUAUUUGCGAAUAAGGGAGCCGAAUUUAUGGACUUGCAAAAGCAGGCUGAACCGAAACAACCAGCUAAAAGGAGGCUUAGGAAUGAUACUUGGUUUUGAUUCUUCUCAUUCAAUGAAUCAGGCCUAGUGGUGUAUAUAGUAACUCCUGUAACUUUCAAUGUUUAUUUCUGUUUAAUUCCUGUAGAAUACUUCAAAAAUUAUGUAUGAUUUAGAAAUCCUCUCAGGAUGGAGCUCAGGUUUUCUUGUGAAGAUACUCUAGAUUGGAGAUUAAGUACAGUAUCUUGUGUACAAUUGGAUGGUUAAGGAGUUGGCUUCUGUUGCCAUCUGCUUCUAGUACCUAGGCUCACCUUUAUCAGUUCUUCGUCCUUUCUUCAUUACUUGGAACAUCGUGUAAAGUUGAAAGAAAAGUCAAUUCAUCUUCACGAUGGUGUGGAGGCAUUCAGGAACUGGGUUUCACCUCUGCACCAGUUGUCCUCUUACAUUUCCCAGCAA